CUACAGAGGAGUGGGAGCCUCCACCGGCUCACUCUGAUUGGCUCAGACACGGAUAACUCCAUUUUGGAAAACAGCUGUUUGAAGACACAACCUUUUCUCGUUGUUUGCAGACGGUACCCUAAGAAAAAACACCCAUGCUUUCUUAACACACACACACUCACACUCACACACACACACACACACACACACACACACACACACACAGGCACUCACACAUCUCCUGAGCACCACGGUGUUUUUUUGCCCAACUCGCGCGUGCUUUUUUUUUUUUCGGCCCCGGUUCGACUCGCUUGCUGCAUUUUUUUUGUCCGACUGCCAGUAAACUUAACUGGGGGAUCCAUGGUGUUACAUUUCCAUUGAAACAAGUGGAUAACAGGAGGCGACCCGACUAAGGUGUAAUGAGAGCGCUGGUCAUGGGCAGAUGAUGGACGUGGAGACGUCGUACUCAGACUUCAUCAACUGUGAUCGCACAGGCCGCAGGAACGCAGUACCCGACCUCACAGGGGAAGGGGAAGGGGAAGGAGCGGCCAGCACCAGUGAACUCACCAAAGAUUUGGCAGAGAUGGACCUGAAGGCUGCAGAAGGAGACCCGGGGGCCUCCCCAGCCCCUGAGGCAGAGGGCUCCACCAGCCAAGAUGCCCAGGGAGGUGGAGGCCCGUCCUAAAGCCAGAGACCAAAGGGCGGCAGAGCCGACGAGUGGAAAGUAGAGAGGAAGCUAGUGAAUGUGGAGAGACGAGGAGAAAGGAAAGCGUGUAUAUUGGUUGUCCUAACUGGACACGAGGACACCUUCGCUCACUGCCAGCCUGUUUGGAGCUUCCGUGGCCCAAAUGUUCGCCUUUCCAUUGGAUCAGAUUGUAACAUGCAGAGCAGAACUGACAAUUGAGAUGCUGCUCUUGUGCUUCACUCUCUGUUAGUCAUUUAUAUUCCUGACCGGACAAGAAAGCACAGACACUUUGGAUUCAUGUCUGUGGAGAUGAACUGAGCUGAACAGAAUUCCUUUAUAACACUCAAAACAUUGUUCCUAGUAUGGAACUGUGUCAUGGACGGGCAUAUUCAUAUUCAUAAUCAUCCGUUUGUCAUUUUCUUUCGAUGUGCGUGUUUGUGACCCUCUUGUCCUCGUCAUUUUUUCUUUUCUUUUUUAGUAACGAAACAUAGUCGCCAUUAUACUGUUGUGUACGGACUUCAUAUUUAUUGCUUAAUGUUCAGUGAUAACUUUGUGAUAGCAAAUUUCUUUGUGUAAUAAAAUACUUAUGAAUUACUGUAA